AUGUCAACUCUUAGCUCAUUGCUCCCAUCUUCAAUCUCUGGCGGUGGAGAACAAUUGCGCGAGGCGGCUGCUGCAGCCGUAACCGGUGGCAAUCUUAAUCAACGACUACGGAUUACUUCACCCGACGGCCCUCAAUUUUCCGGCUGGGUGCGAGGACAAGCUGCCGAGGUUCAGUGGGAAGUGCUUGACCCCAGCGUCCAGUGUGUGCGAAUUGACGUGUGUAAUGUAGCGUGGACGGUGCCGACUACCAUUGCGCAUUGUGUAGUAAAUGAUGGCACGUUUCGCUGGCGUCGUGUGUAUUGGGGCAUGCCAAUCGCCGAGGGCUACUAUGUGAAUGUUUACGAUGUUACAGAACAGAAGGACCAGACAAACGUGUCUUUGCUAGCGCAGAGCGAGCGCUUUGCCGUCAUCAAGGUAACGUUGCAGGCGUUGUCGGCCGUUCCGCUUCUUGUGAAGUGCGACUUCAAUACAGCGUCGCCUUUCCAUCGCUUGAAUGUCACUUCUUUGGUGAACACCUCAGCCAAGCGACGAGUCACUUGUUCUCGCUAUUUCCCGCGAAUUAAAGGACCGGCUAAGUGCACAACAAAGACGCGCAAAGGCCACCACAUUUAA